AUGAGGCUCAGGCUACACAAUGUGGGUCGUGGAUUCUUGGCGUCUUUCGCGAUUCAACUAUUUUUCCUUGUUUUCGCGUCUGCUGAGUCCUUUGAUGCAUCUUCCAUCGGAGUCUGUUGGGGGAGAGUAGCGUGGCAGCCAUUACCACCGCGAAUUGUUGUGAAGCUUCUUCAGGACAACAAAAUAUCAAAAGUGAAGCUUUUCAAUGCUGACCCGCAAGUCAUGAAGGCCCUCGUUGGGUCCAAGUUGGAGGUAGCCAAUGAACUUCUGAACGACAUGGCCAUGAGUCCCAAGAAGGCUCAGGACUGGGUUGACUAUAACGUCAAGAGAUACGCGUUCCCAGGAGGCGUCGAUAUAAGAUACGUCUCUGUUGGAAAUGAGCCGUUUCUGACAUGGGACAAUGGAGAGUACAACCUCGUUUUGGCGCCAGCCGUUCAGAACAUCUAUGACUCUUUAAAGGCUGCUGGAUUGGACCAGAAGAUUAAAGUUACUGUCGCGUUUAAUGCUGACGUCAUGGGAACGUCAUAUCCUCCGUCUAAAGCAUCCUUCCGGCCAGACAUCGCCAACCAGAUGCGAAGAAUUGUCUCACUAUUCAGUGAAACCGGAGCCCCGUUUUCAGUAAAUAUCUACCCGUUCCUUAAUUUAUAUCAGCAACCAGGAGUCUUCACAAUGGGCGAUAUUUUCCUGGAUAGACCAAAUGAGCGGAACUUCACAGACCCAGGGACUGGCUUGGUCUACACGAAUGUGUUUGACAGCACUUACGAUGCCAUCUUGACAGCAUUAUCAAGGAUCGGCUUUCCAGAUCUACAAAUCAUUAUUGGUGAAAUUGGCUGGCCUUCUGAUGGGCAAGGUUCACUCAACCCGUACGCCAACAAUGACUAUGCACAAGAGUUUAACAAUGCCAUCAUCCAGCACAUGCUAAGCGGAUCAGGCACGCCUUUGCGCCCUGCCAAGCAAAUUGGAGGGUUCAUAUUUGGGCUACUGGACGAAGACAUGAAAAGCACACUUCCUGGAACCUUUGAGCGCCAUUGGGGCAUCUUCCGUGCGGAUGGAACCCUAAAAUACAACUUAGACCUCACAGGGAAAGGCAAUCCGAAUGCUCAGCUUGUUCCAGCAAAAGACGUGGCAUUCUUUCCACGUCAGUGGUGUGUGGUGAAGCAAGGAGCCAACCCUGCAAAUGUUGCGGCUGCUUUGACAUAUGUCUGUGGGGGUGAUAAAAGUGUGGAUUGCACGCCAAUCGUGCCAGGAAGUUCAUGCUACUUCAACAACAAACUGGAGGAUGUUGCCUCAUAUGCUUUCAAUUCCUACUUCCAGCUUCAAAACCAAAGUCAGGCAUCCUGUGACUUUGGGGGUUCUGCUCAAAUUGUCACCGCUGAUCCAUCAAAAGACGGCCUUUGGCAGCACCUUGGCAAUGCUACUGAUAUGGCCCUUUGA